AUGCGGUGGAUUCCUACUUCUCCUCAGGGGUCUUCAAUGCUAGUGCGCAGACAUAAAAUCAGACUGCCUUCACGGGCUUCAGCAGUCUCUUUCAUUCUUUCCUCUUCCUCUUCCUUUUCCUCCUCUUCUUCAUCAUCAUCGCCGUCUUCUUUUGCUGUGACUUCUGUGACUCCAACUUCCCCAAUGGCUCGAUUUCCCGCGCAACAAAGCCGGCCGGUCCACGCGACCCCGUAUGUCAACGCUGCUCCAGUUGAGGCCAACUACGACACCGCCAACCCUCCCUACAUCCGCAAAUAUCUUCGCACCUACGGUCUCACGCCUCCGCGCGCCGAAUCCUACGAGGUCCAGAAGACUCGCUGUCUCGCCCAAUUGGCCCUCAAACAAACCCCCAUCGACAAAUUCCUCUACCUCAGCACCCUCCGCAAGAACAAUGUCCACCUGUUUUACCGUCUGGUCACCGACCAUCUGAGGGAACUCACCCCUCUGAUCUAUACCCCGGUCGUUGGAGAAGCUUGUCAGAGAUGGUCCGAGAUCUACCAGCAGCCGGAAGGCAUGUACCUGAGCUGGGAGGAUCGCGGCAAUCUCGCCGCGGUCAUUGCCAACUGGCCCCAGCACAAUGUGGAGAUCACAUGUAUCACCGAUGGCUCCCGAAUUCUCGGUCUAGGUGAUCUUGGCAUCAACGGCAUGGGUAUCCCCAUUGGCAAGUUGGCGCUCUACACGGCCUGUGCGGGCAUCCGUCCCGAGGCUACUCUGCCUUUGACUUUGGAUCUGGGGACCAGCAACAAGACCCUCCGGGAAGACCCGCUCUACAUGGGGUCCCGUCGUGACAAGGUGACCCCCGAGGAGGAAAAAGAGUUCAUGGAUGAGCUCAUGGCCGCUCUGACCGAGCGCUGGCCGGGUAUUGUCAUCCAAUUCGAAGACUUCAAGAAUCCCUUCCCGGCUCUGGAGCGCUACCGUGACGUGUACACCUGUUUCAAUGACGAUAUCCAGGGCACUGGAGCCGUCAUCCUCGGCGGUGUCAUCAAUGCCGUGAAGCGGUCGGGACUCCCCUGCAAGGACCACCGUGCCGUCUUCCUGGGCGCCGGCAGCGCCGGUGUCGGCGUGGCCAAGCAGAUUGUCGACUUUUUCGUGCGCGAGGGCAUGACCGAGGAUGAGGCGCGUGCCUGCUUCUACCUCGUCGACACCAAGGGUCUGGUCACCCUAGACCGCGGCGACAAGCUGGCCGACCACAAGGUCUACUUCGCCCGCAACGACAACAACGGCCAGCAGUUCAAGACCCUCGAAGAGGUUGUUGACCAUGUGAAGCCGACCAUCCUCAUGGGUCUGUCCACCAUCGGUGGCGUCUUCACCCCCGAGAUCCUCCGCAAGAUGGCCGACUGGAACACCCGCCCCAUCAUCUUCCCCCUGUCCAACCCCUCGUCCAAGUCGGAGUGCGACUACGAGAGCGCCGUCACGCAUACCGACGGCCGCUGCCUCUUCGCGUCCGGCUCCCCCUUCCAGCCCUUCUCCUUCACCAACUCCAAGGGCGAGACUCAGACCUACUACCCCGGCCAGGGGAACAACAUGUACGUCUUCCCGGGUAUCGGCCUGGGCACCAUCCUGUCCAAGGCCGUCAAGGUCACGGACUCGAUGAUCUACGCAUCGGGUGAAGCCCUGUCGACGGCCCUGACGGCGGAGGAGAUCGACCGGGGUCUGCUGUACCCCGAUCUGACUCGCAUCCGGCCGGUCAGCGUGGUGGUGGCGCGCAAGGUCAUCCGGGCGGCGCAGGAGGCGGGCGUGGACCGCGAGACGAAUCUGCGCACGAUGAGCGACGAAGCGCUGGACGCGUGGAUCAAGACGCGCAUGUACGAUGCGCACUCGGAGGUGCUGGCUCUGGAGCGGGAGGUCGGCGCCCUGCUGUCGAGUCUGGGCUCGACAGGGCUGGCCUUGAAUGGACUCUCGAAUGAGGACCACGAGAAGAAUGCUAAGCUGUAA